AUGUCCACCGCCGAGUCACUUCCCCUCUCACAUUCUCUUCUCAACUACUACCGUGCACGCAUUGAGGAGUUUGAGGCCGAGCGUGCGCUGCUCAUUCGCAAGAUCGAACAGUGUGAUGUCUCACACGAGGUCAUGCAUCGGACUCAAUGGGAGAGCAGGAAGAAGGCAGAGGAGAUCGAGAGCUUGCAGAGAGCUCUCAAUGAGGCUCAUUUGUAUGUGUAUGACGAGCGCCAGCAGCUGCUGCAAGUGUAUGCAGAAAACGAUGAGAUGCGCGUGCAGGAGCUGGAGGAUCGGAGGAAGAUCAAGCAGCUGCUCGCCCUGACAAAGCCGGUCGCCUCAGAGGUCACCUACAUGCCCGGCCGCGAGCCUGUCCGCAUGCGCCGCUUUCUCGGUGCCGACGCCGAUGUUGAGGCUGCCGACGCCACAGAUGGCGCGGGCGCGGGCACAGGCGCCUCGGAUGAGAACAACAAGCCCAUGGGAUCGUCGACAUGGUCGGCAGCCGCCGAGUCGCGCAAGGCUCCGCACGUGGAGGCCCCACCGCGUGCCCCCCAUCCGGGUUCGGCUGUCCCACCUGGUGCCCGCAAGUCUGGCGUCCGCGUCCUUCGCACUGUAUACAUGCCGAACGAUGAGAAUGACACCCUGCUGCUGACCAUCGAGACCCUGAGGGCCCAAGUCGCCGAGCGCGACCAGCUGCUGGCAGAGACCAAGGCCGCGUACAAGGAGGACCGUGCCCGCCUGCUGGAAGAGGCCGAGGUGCGCCGUCUGCACGACGCAGCCAAGAUCGACGAGCUGCUCAAGGCCAAUGCAUCGCUGCAGGCCCUCCUCACCGCCAACACCAAAGAGUAUCUCACCUUCCGCCACAACGCCCAGAUGACCCAGCGGCUGAUGAAGGAGGACAACGAGGCCCUGCUCGAUGCCAACAAGCGGCUCCGCUAUGAGGCUCAGGACGCCAACUCGCGCGCCCGCCUCGAGUCCAAGGUCGCCGCCAAGUCGGCCUCGGCCGCCGGCAAGGAGGUCGCCGCCCAGCUCCGUGCCACCGCCAAGGCCGCCAAGGCUGCCGCCGCCAAGGCCGAAGCCGCCCGCAGCGCCGACGCCGAAGCGUCGUCCGCCAAGAUCAAGGCCCUCACCGAGCGCGUCAACAUGCUCUCCAACGAGCUUGGCCGUGAGUCCAAGCGCUGGGCUCUCGAAAAGGAGGGCUACGUCAACCAGGUCCAGCAGCUCAAGGACGAGCUUGCCCGGUCGCAGGCGACCCUCUGGCGGGUCCAGGCCGAGGCAGCCGGCAACGGCGCCGACGACUAUGAGCUCGAAGUGCUCAACGCCGCCCUCGCCACCGCAGGCCGUUCCAAGGCUGUCGUUGGUGGCCUCAACCGGCUCAAGGCCCGCGUUCGUGCCAUGGAGGCCGCCGCCGCCGAUCAGUAG